AAAUCAAAAAGAUGAAUCAAUGCCGUAAUGACGGGAAAACAGAUGGAGGGACAUAUAUCUACUUAAACGACUCCUUUAGACUGCAGGACAUAAAAACUAAAUUGUUACCGGAUACCCCACAGGCAUCAACGUGUCUGUAGGAGUCCAGGAGGCGUCCUGACCACAUGCCCAAAUCACCGUCAGGAUGUUUUGUUUCUGCGAUGCACUGCUUGUGCGAAUGUAGAGGCAGUGAACAGAAGCGGCAGAAAGUCUCCACUUUCUCCACGUGAUCAUUUCACGUCUCACUUGUGAGGUUUUACAUGCGCAACGAUGACAUAGCUGUAAAAACGACGCUUUGAAGACAUUCAUCAUACCGCUCAAACUGUAGGAUGUCUUCAGAGCACCCGGCCUGUGGUUGGCUGCACAAGCUACUUGUUUUGCUGGUGAAGUUUCAUUUCGCGUUUGCCGAGCCUCUGCAACCCCUCAACGGAACGGGCUGCACAGCCAAGGGUCCCGCUUCCUACAUCCUGGUCUUUACAGGUCACUGGAGCCCGCAGGCGUUUCCGAAGCAGUAUCCCCUGUUCCGACCCCCAGCGCAGUGGUCCAAACUCAUAGCGGCGAGCCACAACCACCACUUUAGGCUCUGGGAGGAGGGCUCUUCAGCCAGUCCCGGGGUGCAGAGCUUUGCUGAAGUCGGGGUGACGGUGGAGCUGAUGAAAGCAGCCAAGGAGGCCCGGAAGAAGCGCACGGUCGGAGUUAUGUACCGGACAGCUGGCAUUCCCAAUGGGAUCGGACACAGCUCCACGGAGAUGCUCAUGGUGCCCCGCAACCCACUGCUGUCUUUGAUGGUGAAGAUGAUCCCCAGCCCUGACUGGUUUGUCGGUGUGGACAGUCUCAAUCUUUGUGAGGGUAACCGGUGGAAACAGGAAGUGACCGUCGACCUCCAGCCUUAUGAUGCAGGAACGGACAGUGGAUUCACUUUUUCUUCUCCCAACUUUCCCACCAGCCCGCCUGAAAACAUUACAAAGAUCACAUCACAAAUGCCGAACCAUCCAGCCAAUUCCUUCUACUACCCUCGACUGAAGGAGCUUCCACCUAUUGCCAGCAUAAAGAUUACCCGACAGCGUCGAACACCAGACCGCCAAACCUCUAUUUCUAAUCACAUUCUGCCAAACUCCAUCAAUCCUCAGCGUUUCUCAGCAACACCUUUGGAUUGCGAAGUCUCCCUCUGGUCAUCUUGGGGUCUGUGUCUUGGUCCCUGCUCCAGAGGUGGAGUUCGUCACCGCACACGUUACAUACUUCUGCGGCCAGCAAACGCUGGCAGCCCCUGCCCUGAGCUGGAGGAACAGGAUGAAUGUGUGCCACACAACUGCAUAAAGAAACGCCAGUAAUUGUCAAAGCAGGAGCAUAAAAACAACCAGUGAUAAACAUUGGACUCUUAUGCUAUCAGUGCUGGGCUGAAAAAAGUGUUUUAUCAUGUUCAGAAUUUGUCAGAUUUUUUUGAAGUGAAGCAAUAAGAACUCAAUGUGUAUUGUCACAAAAAGAGACGUCUCCAAAUCAGCAGAACUAAGAAAAAACAGAAGUCUCUUGAAAGUACCAUACUGGUUGGUGGAUGAAGAUCAAAGAGUUAAAAUGUUAUUUAGUCCGACUUUAUUUUUACAACUGUUGUACAACUUGUGUUUGCCCAAAGGUUGAGCUGUUUUGUAAAAUGUAAAUAAAGGUGAAA